GCUCGCUCGCCGUCCUCCUGCCGACCCGCUCCUCCUCCCGCCGAGGCUGUGCACCACAGACGGCGCGAGGGGGAGCGAGCGAGCGGGCGCGGCCGGGUUCCGCAGCCCUGGCGCCCGCCGCCGCCCGCAGCCCCGCAAUAUGCCUCCGUGGCCCGCUGGCUCUCGGCCAUGGCGAGGCUCUGCCGGCGCAUCCCCUGCGCCCUGCUCCUCGGCCUGGCCGCGGUGCUGCUGAAGGCUCGGCUGGUUCCCGCAGCCACCAGAGCCGAACUCAGCCGCUCCGACCUCAGUCUCAUCCAGCAGCAGCAGCAGCAACAGCAAAAGCAGCGGGAGGAGGCGGAGGAGGAGAGGCUAGAGGUGCCUGGGGCAUCCUCUACUUUGGUGGUUCCAGUGUCUGUAUUUAUGCUAAAAGUCCAGGUGAAUGACAUCAUCAGUCGCCAGUACCUGAGUCAAGCAGUUGUGGAGGUAUUUGUUAACUACACGAAGACAAAUUCUAUGGUAACUAGAAACAAUGGAGCAGUAUUGAUAAAAGUACCCUACCAAUUAGGACUCAGCUUAACCAUCAUUGCUUACAAAGAUGGCUACGUCUUGACACCUCUGCCUUGGAAAACUGGAAGGAUGCCAAUUUAUUCUUCAGUUACACUUUCACUGUUCCCACAAAGCCAAGCAAAUAUAUGGCUCUUCGAAGACACUGUUUUGAUUACUGGAAAAUUAGCUGAUGCCAAAUCUCAACCAAGUGUUCAGUUCUCAAAAGCCUUUAUCAAACUUCCUGACAACCAUCAAAUUAGCAACGUGACUGGCUAUCUAACAGUUCUACAGCAGUUUUUAAAGGUGGACAAUUUUCUGUAUACAACUGGAAUCACUCUUAACAAACCAGGUUUGGAAAACAUUGAGUUGACUCCUCUUGCUGCCAUAUGUGUGAAAAUAUAUUCUGGAGGAAAAGAAUUGAAGGUGGAUGGCUCUAUUCAUGUAUCUCUUCCUCUUCUACACACAAAUAAUGUAAACAUGGGAGAUCGAAUACCUGCUUGGACAUUUGAUAUGAACACAGGUGCUUGGGUGCAUCAUGGCUGGGGAGUAGUCAAGGCGCAUAACAGUCAUUUGAUUUGGACAUAUGAUGCACCACAUUUGGGCUACUGGAUAGCUACUCCAUUCCCAGGAGCUAGAGGUUCAGGUAUAAAUGAAGAUUCCAAAGACAUAACUGCCUACCACACAGUGUUCCUUACAGCCAUAUUAGGAGGAACAAUAGUUAUCAUCAUUGGAUUUUUUGCUGUGCUACUCUGUUAUUGCAGGGGUAAGUGUGGAACGCCACAGAAAAGAGAAAGAAAUAUCACUAAACUUGAGAUCCUCAAGAGAGACCAGACAACAUCAACAACACACAUAAAUCAUAUCAGUUCAGUCAAAGUUGCAUUGAAAGCCGAGGAUAAGGCACAAUUAUUUAAUGCUCAAACCUCAUCCUACAGCCCCCCAAAAAAGGAAAACGCAAAGAUGGAAGCAGAAGAAAGAAUUUCCAUGGUGAAAACUCGGGACAAUUUUAAAAUCUACAAUGAAGAUGUUUCCUUUCUGUCAGUCAAUCACAAUAACUACUCAAGAAAUCCAACACAGUCUUUGGAGCCAAGUAUAGGAAGCAAACAACCUAGGCACAUUAACAACAAUCUCUCCCCAUCGUUAGGCGGCGCUCAAGAGGAAAAGAGGUAUCUUACAGGAAGUGAGGAGGUGUAUGGGCGGUCCCACAUUCCUGAGCAGCUUAUGCACAUCUACAGCCAGCCCAUUGCCAUUCUUCAGACUUCAGACCUUUUCUCCACACCAGAGCAGUUACAUGCUGCUAAGUCUGCCACUUUGCCACGAAAGGGACAGUUGGUCUACAGCCAAUUGAUGGAACCAGUUAAUAGAGAGAACUUUACACAAACAUUGCCCAAAAUGCCGUUGCAUUCUCACGUUCAGGCCACAGAUGCCAGAGAAGAGGACAUUGUACUUGAAGGUCAACAGAGUUUGCCAUCCCAGACUUCAGAUUGGAGCCGCUACUCCAACAGCUUGUUGGAGUCCGUGUCUGUUCCUGGAACUCUAAACGAAGCUGUUGUGAUGACCCCUUUUUCAUCAGAACUCCAAGGCAUUUCAGAGCAGACCCUCCUAGAGCUGUCCAAAGGCAAACCCUCUCCGCAUCCCAGGGCAUGGUUUGUGUCUCUUGAUGGAAAGCCUGUGGCACAAGUGAGACACUCCUUUAUAGACUUGAAAAAAGGCAAGAGAACCCAGAGCAAUGAUACAAGUCUAGAUUCUGGGGUGGAUAUGAAUGAGCACCAUCCGAGCAGAAAGCUGGAGAGGGAGAAAACGUUCAUCAAAAGCAUGCAUCAGCCCAAGAUCCUUUACCUGGAAGAUUUAGACCUGAGCAGCAGUGAGAGCGGAACCACGGUCUGCUCCCCUGAGGAUCCUGCAUUGAGGCACAUCUUAGAUGGAGGCAGUGGGGUUAUUAUUGAGCGCCCUAGGGAAGAGUCUCCGGGAAGGAAAAGCACUGUGGAAGAUUUUGAAGCCAACACAUCUCCCACUAAAAAAAGAGGCAGACCACCACCACUAGCCAAAAGAGAUAGCAAGACUAACAUCUGGAAGAAACGAGAGGAACGUCCACUGAUUCCCUUAAACUAAUCGUGAGAGCCAUGUUUCUCUGUCGUUUCAUGGUGGUGUAUUCUUGCUUCUUGUAAAUUGCAGUAUGAACUUCUUGGGAAACUGAGACUGAGCAAUCUCACGGGCCUUAGGCACAUCUCAAGCAAAGUAGAUGGUAAAAUAUAAUUCAAAAAACCGUAAAUGCUUUCUUUGGCCUGUUCUUUUCAUCUGCUUUUGAGUGAUGAAGAUAUCCACAUUUUCAGAAUGUAAAAUAAUGUAAAGAUGUUAUCUGAAAAUGUUGCUCAGUUUGCCAAUUGGCACUGACUCUUAAGAAUCCAGUAGUGAAAUACGUGCUACAGCUACUCUCUAAAAUCUUGCCUCUGCCUUGGGCUCGUGGAGCUUAAAAGC